AUGCCUCCACGCAAAAGCGACGCCUCGAAAGUAGCGACUGCUGACGAGGCUACGCCUGGAAAAGAGUUGGCUGUUCGAGAUGGCAUAAAUAUUGAGGAUCUCAACCUCCCCAAGAGCAUCGUAACGAGGCUGGCCAAAGGUGUCUUACCGCCCAAUACACAGAUCCAAGGGAACGCCAUGGUGGCCAUCUCCAAGAGCGCCACCGUGUUUGUCAAUUACGUAGCUUCGCACGCCAACGAACAUGCGGCAACUCAUAACCGAAAAACCAUUGGGCCGCAGGACAUCUUCAACGCGCUGGAUGAUCUCGAUUUCCCGGAUUUCAGAGACCGGCUGGAGGCUGAUCUCGCGAGAUUCCACGAAGUGCAAACAGACAAACGGAAUGCCUACCGCAGCAAGACAGCGAGCAAGGCCGCAGACGCAGACGCAGGCGAUGACCAGGGUGCAGAAGAUAAGGAUGGUCAACCUGCCGCGAAGAAGGCACGGUUAGACCCUGGAGCGGAGGAGGAGGAGGAGGAAAAUGGCGAGGAGGAGGCGGGGGAUGCGGAGCGGACUCCAGAAGACGAAGCUGAGGAUGAUGAAGGAGACGUCCCGGAAGAAGAAGAGGGGGAAGAGGAGGAGGAGAGACCGGAGAGUGAGGAACAGUUGGAGGAGGACGAGAAGAAGGAGGCCGAGGACGAAGCGCUGGACAAUGGGGAGGAUAGUGAUUGA